AGUGUUUUAUGAUUCAUAAGGUCAAAGGCUGCUGGUUGAUCUGAACGUCAAAAUGAGGCUGAAUAAAUAAAACCCUCGCAGACAUUACUCUGCAGGAGCUGGACGGGCUAACGACAGAAUGUUUGAUAAAUGGACCAGGAAAAUUAAGACGAGGCAGAAUUUGAUCUUGAAGAAAUAUUAAGUUUUCCUGAGGGAUUUCAUAAAUACGCAGGAUUAUUAUUUUUAUUCAGGGCUCAAAGAUUGAGCUGAGCCACCGGCUGCCGAUCUCUCAACAGACUCUCCGUCGCUCACGUCGACCUGCUGUGAUGAUUGACAGGCCUCGUCAACACUACGGUUCAUCUGUCCUGAUGAUGAAAGCAGCAAAUAUGAAAUCUUUGCUUCAGUCAAAAUGUCUCUAUGGAGACAGAACGUGGGAACAGGGGGUGAAUCAUAAGAGAAAUAUGGGGUUUACAGUCCCACACAUCAUCAUCAUCAUCAUCAUCAUCGUCAUCUGGAGCCUGGAGGUCGAUGUGACCAGUUGAUCAGAUGAACAGAGGAAGAGAAAUGAUAAUAAUCAUUGACACAGAUCAGCUGUUAGAGUCGUGCACCUCCUCCCUCCGGUUCAACCUCGUAGCUCAGGACGGACAAACCAGAAACAGACUUGUUUGAGUUUCACCGUGGAUUCUCCUUCACGCCUGGAGAAGAGAGGGGAUGUGAUCGACACCACUAGAAGCCACAAUCCAACACUCUGGUCUUUUCAGAUUGCAAAAUAUACGUCUGCUAUGUAUCGAGUGAUGUUUGCUCUUGACGGUAUAAAAUAAAUAAAUGACCUCUCUCAGACUCACCGGACGUCUCGUCAUCGACGGUUUCGCUUGCUCGCAUAAUAAUGAGCCUGGUUCUUUCUCCUGAUUGCCUGAGACCUUGAGGGUCAAUAAUGUUCCGCUGCAUCGUCUCGGACAACGUUCACAAUAUUGCUCCAGAUUUGUCUCUGCACAGCACUUUCCCUCCCAGACUUUCUCUUCAUUUUUCCUCCUCCUCCUAUCAAGCAGAGCGAUGCUCUGAAUAGUAAUGAUCGUGUUGUUGUAGAUAUGAGCCAGAAGAUACUGAUCAUCACAAGUGAAAUACUCCAACUGAUGCUGAGGACACCACUAAGAUUCUUCUGGCUCAUCUGAUCGUCAGAAUCACUCGUUGAUCUUUUCUCUUCCCCUUUGUGUCCUACUGCGUUCGUUCAUCAUCAGUAAACCUCCGUCAACUCGGGACAAACCUCCAAUUUCAUCAUCAUUCUUUUUUCCCAGCGUAUUUGACUGUGUGAUCUUAAUCGUUCUGUUGUCUCGCUCCUAAUCCCUGGUGGUAAAUCCUGAAAGGCACAGCCGUUCAAUUUCUUUCCAUCUGUCAAUCCUGCUUUGUUUAUUUCUACUUUCUAUGAAUUGUCCUCGUCUUUUGCAAAGGAUUAUUGUUUUUUUGUUUUUUUUCUUCCUCCCUCUGAUUCUGCAGCAGCUGUUCUGAUCCACAGACACACGAGAGCUCAGCUCGACAGUUAGAGACAUUUUAGAAACAAAUCUGGACUCAUGCUGCUUUUUCCUGCGGUAAUUGAACUUGACGUUUUCUCGCUUUGAUCAGCGAGUGUUGAGUUUCUGUAAAUCUUGCGUCACUGUGCAGUUUUACUAACCGUGGACUUUUCAGAUGGGAAACGCGUCAGACACGUCUGCUGUGUUUGUCUCCACCAUCUCCAAGGAGCACGACUUCCUCAUGGGUUCACUGUACAGCGUCUUCUGUUUACUGUCCCUCGUGGGAAACUGCGUCCUGCUACUUGUUGCACAUCACAAGCGCUCGACCUUGAAGCCGGCAGAGUUCUUCAUCAUCAAUCUCUCCAUCAGUGACCUUGGGAUGACGCUCUCGUUGUUCCCUCUGGCGAUUCCUUCAGCGUUUUCACACAGGUGGCUGUUUGGAGAGGUCGCCUGUCAGCUCUACGCCAUGUGUGGAGUCCUGUUCGGUCUCUGCAGCCUGACCAACCUCACCGCCCUCUCCUCCGUCUGCUGCAUGAAGGUCUGCUUCCCCAACCACGGUAACAAGUUCUCCUCGUCACACGCCCGCCUCCUGGUGGUGGGAGUGUGGUGUUACGCGUCAGUGUUUGCCGUGGGGCCCCUGGCUCAGUGGGGACGUUACAGCGCCGAACCUUACGGGACGGCCUGCUGCAUCGACUGGCACGCGCCCAACCACGAGCUCUCGGCGUUGUCUUACAUCGUCUGCCUCUUCGUCUUCUGCUAUGCGCUGCCCUGCGCCGUCAUCUUCCUUUCCUACACCUUCAUCCUGCUGACGGUGCGAGGCUCGCGUCAGGCCGUCCAGCAGCACGUGUCACCGCAGACCAAGACCACCAACGCACACGCGCUCAUCGUCAAGCUGUCGGUCGCGGUCUGUAUCGGCUUCCUGGGCGCCUGGACACCGUACGCUGCCGUGUCCAUGUGGGCGGCUUUCGGAGAUGCCACACGAGUUCCUCCUGCCGCCUUCGCCCUGGCCGCCAUAUUUGCCAAGUCUUCCACCAUCUACAACCCCGUGGUCUACCUGCUGUGCAAGCCCAACUUCCGGGAGUGUCUGUACAGAGACACGUCCACGUUACGGCAGAGGAUCUACAGGGGGAGUCCGCAGUCGGAGCCGAGGGAACGUUUCGGAUCCAACUCGCAGCACAAAGCGGACGUGGGCGUCUCCAACGGGCAGCAUGACGGCUAUGGGGCGUGUCUGCACUGCACGGAGAACACGGCGCUGCGUCACGUGACCCCGGCCCAGAGGACCGCCUGCAUCCUGACCGGGUCCACCUACACAGAGGUGACCGUCAGCCAGCUCUCUGCCGAGCCCCAGGCUGGUUUCCUCUAGAGGGACGGAGACGAGACAGACAACUGAACAACCACCAGCCAAGUCACCGAGACUGCAGCAUGAAAACACUCACAAGUGGCCUCUGCAUGGUGAAAUGCCCGAGAGUCCCAGAAAUCCACGCUGUGCUUAAUUCAUCUGAGGAGAUUUGCCACAAAAUUCUUGCACUUGGAUUAUUCUGAGAGCUCCUCUCCCGUCAGCUCUGCUUCAUUUUAAUGCACCGGAACGUAACAGGAUUGGGAGGAAGCAGGAAAUGAGACGUGAGAACUCCUGCUGGCUUCGAGGUUAAUUAGUCCAAUGAAAGACGUCAGAGCAGCUCAGUGAUGAAGUUGUGAACGACUGUACGACUCAAGAAGAGGAGGAAGAGUAUUAAUGACCGGUCAGUGAAAGAGCAGAUUUAUUGUAGAGGAUUAUGGGUUGAGUGCGAACAGAUUCAUAAGAAACUCAUGAAAGUGUUGUAUAAGACAUUUUGCUUACACAUGGUUAAGAUGUCAGGUUCAUCAUGUUAAUGUGGUUAUUCAUGUUCUCAUGUUCAGUUUCCUGCAGCUCCCCUUUAAGGCCCCUCCCUCCCAGUGAAGCCCAGUCUGCUCUGAUUGGCUGACUGGCUCCACUGUUGUGAUUGGUCAACCACUUCAGGGCUAGUAGGAAGUUCUCAGGCUUCACUCAUCUUUGUUGGAGCUCUGGUCGAGGUCGACCAGCUAAGAGAUCGCAACGUGAUUGGUUGUUCACUCUUCUUCUUCAUUGUUUUAAUGGUGGUUGGCGACCAGCGUAACAGGCAGAGUUUUCCCUUUGUCCUCUGACAGUGGCAGAAAUAUUUUAUUGGUUCGAAAGAAGUCGUCAUUUGAUGUUAGUGUACAACGACAACUAACACAACAUGAACCGUAACCAAAUUAAACUCUGCAUUUAAAAGCUUUGAAAGUGUAAAAUCAAAAAUCAAAUUGGUUGAGACAAGCUCAUUCUCAUCUGGUCGUUGGGGGCGUGUUCUCGGUUUUCGUUAGGGGCGUGUUCUCGGUCUUUGUUGGGGGCGUGUUCUCGGUCUUCGUUGGGGGCGUGUUCUCGGUCUUCGUUGGGGGCAUGUUCUUGGUCUUCGUUGGGGGCAUGUUCUUGUCUUUGUUGGGGCGUGUUCUCGGUCUUCAUUGGGGGCGUGUUCUCGUCUUUGUUGGAGGCGUGUUCUGUCUUUGUUGGGGGCCUGUUCUCGUCUAUGUUGGGGGCGUGUUCUCGGUCUUUGUUGGGGGCGUGUUCUUGUCUUGGUUGGGGGCGUGUUCUCGGUCUUUGUUAGGGGCGUGUUCCCGUCUUGGUAGGGGGCCUGUUCUCGUCUUUGUUGGGGGCGUGUUCUCUCUGUUGGGGGCGUGUUCUCGGUCUUUGUUGGGGGCGCGUUCUUGUCUUGGUUGGGGGCGUGUUCUCGUCUUUGUUGGUGGCGUGUUCUCUCUGUUGGGGGCGUGUUCUCGGUCUUUGUUGGGGGUGUGUCAGACAAGCUGCCAGACGCUGUGCACUUCUGUCCGGACGACUGGCGAGGCGUUCAGGAGCAUCAGUGUUUCCUUUCAUGGAGAGGAGCUCCCUUCACUUUGGGCUUUUUCAUUUUGCAGAACUUUUACAAUCACAAAAAGACAUGUAACUCACUAGAGGAAAAACUAAAAAAGCAGAAUAUGUUUCCUUUAAAUUGGUCCCAAAGCUAAUAUGAUGAACAUUCAAAUUCUGUUUCCUGUGAGGAACCAAACAAUAAAUGUUCAAGCCUGAAGGGUCCCAGUGAUUUAGAGCAUCUCUUUAAAAUAAAGAGGUCCGUACUACUACUACUCCUACAACAUUACUACUAAACUACUACUACUACAUUACUACUAUACUACUACUACAACAACUA